AUGAAAAUCGUCAUAACAGUGAGGUUUUCUGACACUGAAGCAAGCUCAAAUGCUAAUCAAGACUUGGAUAUCCCAAUCUCCUAUAAUCCUCAAAAAGAUGACAUCAAUAAGCUUGUCAAUACCUCAUUUUGUAAAAUGAUAAUCCGACAGAAAAACCCCACAACGCAGCGCAGAAGGCUCCGACUUAUAUACAAUGGGCGAGUCCUUAAUGAUCAUACAAAUUUCAACACUGAAAUACUAAGACCCAAGUUGCAGCAACUCCAAAACCUCAACGAGUCAACGGAAUUGAUCAGAAUAUACAUACAUUGUCUUGUUGGUGAAGCUUUAACGUCUCAGCAGCUUGAAAACGAAAGGGAAUUGGACCGCAUUGCACAACAAGAAAGUACAGAUGCACCCGUGAUUGGGUUUGACCGUUUGCUACUGCAAGGCGUUAGCGAGGUUGAUGUGAAUAACCUUCGUGAUCAAUUCUACCAGAUCCACUUUCCCGAACUCAGACAGCAAGCUACUAACAAUGGUGUGACUGACGUUGAAGAAGACGAAAGCCGCCAAGAGUACAUUCGGCAGUUGGAAGAGCGUUGGCUAGAAUCAACUGUUGCAGGCAACAAUGGUAGCGGUGGAGUCGAACCGGCAGUAGCCGAGGACCGAGCACAAGCGGAUUUGGAGGGCACUCUACACAACGAAGAUUUAUUAAUUGGCCUCUUACUCGGCACGUUUCUUGGUGUUGUCGCUUUGGUUUUCUUAAUGAUGGAUGAUUCUCUGUUCAACACCACACAGAAGAUGGCAAUAGUCCUCGGGGUCACUAUCAAUUUACUUCUUGCAUUUUUGAGAAUUGGAUCUGUUUACAGCGUUUGA